CUGAGCACUUUACCCAGUCACUUCGCCCAGCAAGUAGAGAAGCUGCAGGAAAGUCUGUAAAAUAAAAACAGAAUUUCUUUCUGUAGAUGCACACUUCUAUAAAGAAUAUUAAUCGUCCAGCUACUGCAAAGUUGCAAAGAGAUGAGCUCAACCUUCCCUCCUAUGACGCCCUGACAGAGAUCCUCCCCGAGUAUGAGUACCUGUUCAGGGCACCCAUCUCCACCAAGGAGGGGCAAGGCCAGAAGGAAGGGUACAAACCCCACAGACAGGAUCGCUCUCUCAAGCAGGAUCAGGACCACACAAACAGGCAGGCGCCACAUACACAACACAAAGCUCAGGACCCCGAUCAAGACCCCCUCUCACCGUUUCACAGCCUCCGCUCUCCACACAAAAACAGAGACCCUAUCCGAGACCCUGUCCGAGACCCUGUCCGAGACCCUAUCCGAGACCCUGUGUACGACAGUCAUGCUGCAGAAGUUACUGAGCAUGAAGCCAGGGAGCUGGAGAACUAUCGCACAGCCAUGCGCAAAAUGGCGGAGGACAUCAUUGCACUGCGGCGACAUUUGGGCAAUCUGGAGUCAGACAACAGCAAGCUGCGCAGCGAGCUGACCCUGCACCAGGACCUGGGGAAGACACUGCUGGACGAUACCGACAUCGACGUCAUGACCAAGGCUGAGAUCACUGACCGCAUCGCCUCUCUGAAACUCAAACUGGCCAGUGGGACGGCAGAGGUGAAAACUCACAAGGAUAAAAUCCAGCAGCUUCAGAACGAGCUGAUUCGGAAAAACGACCGUGAGAAGGAGCUGCUGUGCUUGCAGAGAGCUCACCAGCAGCAGCAGGCUGCCCUGCAGAGAUACCAGGACCGGGCAGGCAAGGUGAAGAGCCUGGAGGCUACCAUCAGGCAACAACAGAAGAUAAUUGAAAAGAUGGAAAAGGUGCUGGACACUAAACUGAAAGAAAAGAAGAGAGACCAGACAGCGGCUUUGAAAAAACAAACAGGGGGCAGCAGUGACAACUUGUGGAAAGAGAUAGAGUCAGCGCUGGCAUCAGAAAACUCCAGACUGAGGGCUGAGUUAGAGAAACUGCGCUACCAGUCAGCACCCUGCCCUUUCCAACAACCCCUGCAGAAACAAGAUUCCUUCUCUGACACAGAGAAGAUGAGUUUACUGGCCAAGCUGGAGAAGGCACAGGGGCGAAUACAGAUGCUGGAGACCCAGCUGGAGGAGAACGCGCGGAGAUGGGGGCGAGAGAAACAGGACAUGCUCACGCGGCUCAAUGAACAGGAACAUGGAUUUGCACGGUCAUCCACCAUGAUUCUGCAUGACUUCCCUCUGAAGUCUGAUUCCUUGCUAAACAGUAGAUACAGAAAGCUGGACCCUCUGACGUAACCUUCCUGCUGCCAGACAAUCAACAUACUCUCUCUAUCUAUUUUUUCUAUUAAAAAAAGACAAAAAAAACAAACAUGUACAGUUUAUGCUUUUUCAGAUUUAUUUUUUAAGUGUUCAAAAUAGCAACUAUUGAUAUUUCUAUGGUCAAGAUAAUAAAACAAAGUUGAUUGUGAAA